AUGAAUGAAUUCAGCAGUGAUGACAUUCCAGAAGAUCUUUAUAAAUUAUGUCCGUAUUCCAAUGUAUGCAACAGAACUGCCUCUCGUAUUUUAGAAAAAAAUACAGGCAGGACACCAUGUUGCUCGUCGUGCAGUUGCAGCGAAGAUUGUGGUCUCCAACUUAACUGUUGUUUUGACCAUCUUGAUAGAUACAAUUUAAUUGAAUCAGGACGGGUUGCAUGCCUAAAUCCAAAAGGAGAAGCCGAGGAAAACGCAACGGUAUAUUCAAAUGAUUUUGGUUAUUACAUGGUACAACAAUGUGAAACUGCUACGCCACCAUUCGCAGAAGCUGCUCAAUGUCGUUUAAAGGAUGAAUUUGGAAAUUCAUUGUUAUCUCCAGUGUCAUCACUAGAAACAAACAUGAUUUACAUUAACAAAGCCUGUGCUGAAUGUAAUAAAUUAGAUACGAGCAAAUUACAACAAUGGAAUUAUCUUUAUAUAUCAUCAUUUGCUAGAAUAGAAAGAGAUCUCACUUUUGAAAUUGAACAAUAUGCUAAAAAUCGAUUGGGAAAAGUGAUAUAUGAACCACCAGUAGACCAGGAUUGGUCGCAUAAACGUUGUUACUAUAACUUUUUGGAAAUUAAAAGUUGUCAAAACAAUAGACACUUGCUUGAGAAAAACUGCCUAUCUAUUUAUUGCCCGGAAGGAAUGGUUAAAACAAACAUUGGUUGCAGGUAUUUUGCUUUAAACUGGUAUGUACCUGUGAUAGUAGUAAAACUGCGUCUAACGCCUGAUGCAGAAGCUAAGCUAUCAGUUUCAAAAUUGCACUCUAUUAAAAACACAGAACGUACAAACCCUUUUACUUGGCUCAGAAUUCCUUGCAGGCAAAUCAAAAUAACUUCACUAGCAAUAGCUUACUUGAUCAGUAAAUCCUACACAGAUAGAUCUACAUGUCUUGGAAGCGGAGAAUGUAUUAUUUCAUCAUUGAAAGUAGUUAUCUAUAAAAAGCUUAACAAUUUAAAAGGAAUAAACCCAUCUGUUGCAAUUCCAAUUUUCGAGCGAUGCUUACGCAAACAAUGGAAAGCAGUGAUUAGGAAUUCGACAAUUAGAUUUAAAGCUGAUUUUUACAACGGUAAUGACAGAUAUAGCGAGGAAACCGACACUUCGUUGGAGAAUAUACCUAAACGAGACACGUAUACAUAUUUUACCGAGGGUCCAACACCUAUAAAACAAUUGGUGCAAAGUAAUGCAAUAACACUUACAAAACCAUUCUUCUGCAAACAGGUCCGGGUACCACAAUCUGACAUUGAAGUUAUAAGGGAUGGCAUUCUGAUAAUUUCAAGAAAUAUUACGCUAGGAAGUAACGAAUACAUUGUCAAUGAUUUAGAAGGGUACUAUUUUUCCGCCAAGAACAAAACAACGUAUUCUGUGUGCAUUGAUGAUUAUGAUCCGAACUUUACAAAGAGUUCUGUGAGUUCGAUUCAUGAAACAUUUCUUUCACUAUUCAUGACCAUUGCACUUUAUCAAAUUAUAUAUAUAUAUACAUUCAUUCCCAGGUUGAGAGAUACACAUUUAUAG